CACUUACUUCACGAACUCAAACUCGUCGCCUUAACCAUUUUUCCGCUGAAACAUUAAAAAAAAAAUCGAAUUGUAACAAAAUGCCUAAAAAGCCGCCAAAGCAAGAGUGCCACGAAUGUUUGGAACCUAUAGCGUGGUUGAUCGGACGCUGGGUGACCGAAGAUGGUCAUGGAUCGUACCAUUACGCACCAAGUUUUAGUUUUAGCGAGGAAUUAGAAUUUAUCUAUAGCGAAGAUGAACCGUUAUUCGACUUUAUGUCAACAGCGAAGCACUCUAAUAAACCACUAUCGCUGUACGAAAGAGGCUACUUACAUAUGCCUAAUCCGAAACGUGUACAACUAUUAAACACCCAUAACUAUGGCUACACGGCCUCAGAAAUUGGAAGAUACAAAAGUAGGAUCAAUGAAAUAAAACUGAAGUCUGUUACUUUAACAGCAAAGCCUGGAGUACCACGGCCAUAUUUGUUGAAAACUAAAAGAACAUUUAGACUGUUAUCGCCAGAUACUUUAGAAUAUGUUCGUUAUCUUAAGACAGAAAUAACUCCAAUGACACAGUAUUUAGUAGCUAUAUUUAAAAAGGUUGAAUAGCUCUUCUUAUUUUUUUUUAAAUAAAGAAAAAAAAGAAAGCUUUUGUUUUCUCUGUAUUAUGUAUUUAAAACUAUACUUUAUUAUCAAGACUGCUAAGGCUCAUUUUUAUUAUUUUAUAGUAUUAUAAAGUGUGAUAUUUAGCAUUUAUGUAUAGAAUAUACAUAUGUAAAUACAUAUAGAUUGUUCAAUAAGUAUAAGCACAUUAUAAUAAGUUGACUCAACGGCCAAAAACUAAAGACUGAUUAGAAAAGAAAAUAUGUAUCAAUUACCAAAUGUCUAUGUUUACAGGGUAAAUGGAAAACUUUUAUUUAAAAGACAAUAAUUAAUAAGAAUAAUAAUUAUUAUAUUUGAUAAAUAUUGAUUCACAAAACUGACAUGACUCAAUUUUUUAUUAGUUAAGUACCUCUUGUAAAAAUAUACUAAUUUACAAAUGUAUGACCAAGUGACCAGCAGGUCAUAAUAUCCUUUUCUGUUAAAUAUCUCUAUUAUAUCUUCAACUUAUUGUAUUGAUAUAAAGUCGAAAAUACAAUAAAUAAAUUUGACAGAUUGGAGUAGUGUAAACUGUUAGCCACUGUACAUAGUAGGUAACAGAUCAACAUUCCGAUCUGUAAUUUUUUAUUUGAUUUUAGAUCUUAAUAUAACAACUAUCAACAAAAUAAAGUUGAAAAUCGAAUGAAGACAUUUGACAGAAUAGAGCAUGUUGACCUGAUGUGUGCAUUUACCUUUUUUUUAAUUCCCGCCGAAGAUUCAACACCAAAAAAAAAUCUUCCCGCCCUUUUCCCGAGUUUCUUGUAGUCUAUGGUCUGAGGCUGCAACAGUACCUAUAUUUUCUUCCAUUCUCCUUUGUCAGACGUCAUCUUAUAACAAACCAACUAAUUUCUUUUUCAUAUCGCUUCUCACACAAGCCAAUCAUUUCUUUGAUCAUCCGCAUUACAUCCAUAUAAAUAUAAAUUUAAUUUAAUUUCAUCCUUUAUCAACAUAUUUUAAUGAAAUAAAUGAUAAUUAAUAUGUAAUAUUGCUUAAAAGUAGUUAAAUUCAAUAGUUAUGUAUGAAUUAGAAAUUAUUAAAAAGUAAUAGUUUUCAAUCAAGUUUUUACGAGAUUGUGUUGUGGUGUCAUAUUUUUUUUAACAAACUAUAAGUUUAUUUUUUAAAAUUUUAAUGGAAUGAAAGAGAACUAAAUAAUUUUCAGUAUGAAUAUAAUAUCUUUUUUAGGUACUUAUGUAUGUGUUAAAUUGUAUUUGUGCGCCUUACCUACCCUUAAAAAUUAUGUCACACUAAUUUCAUAAUUUUUUGCCUCUCACCGCGUCCCUGUCAAAGCUAGUCACAUUUGUGAAACUUCCCCCUCCCCCCCCUAUCUAUUGUGACGCGCCCCACCUAGUGUGACGUCACAUUUUUUAAAUUAACACAGUAAUUAUUAAGUGGACUUAAAUGAAACAGCGGUUCCGAAAUCAGUUUUUUUUUUAUCGCGCAUAACUAAUAGAGAGAGUGGUCAACAAAACAAUUCAUAUCCAUAUAUCUUAUAUUUAAACAGUGUUUUUGAGGUUAGCGUUAAUUAGUAAUUUAUAGUUCGUGUUUUAACACAGAUUGUAAUAGUUUUUGAAAUGUGACGUCACAAAGUUUAGGAUUUUUCCCACCCCUUGUCACACAAUGUCACUCUUCGUCCACCUUCGCCCUUCCCCCAAAGUGUGACGUAAUUUAUGGAUGUAAAGGGAUGACGUUAUAUGCCUUUAUU